CUUCGGCGGGUGUCAGUGUGAGUUCAGCACUGCGGCGUCAUUGUGCUCGGAGGGAAUCGCGCGGUCAGCAGCUCCCUCGGCUUCUCGGCGGACUCGGUGGUGUGUAAGUUUGGACUUUAAAACCAGGCAUGGAUGCAGAGAAGAGUGAAGUAUCAGAAACUCUAAAGCAGGAGGAGGUAAAGGUGGACUCGGCAGAGCCUGAGAAUCCUCCAGCUGUCGUGGAAGAGGCCGAGCUGCAGGAGGUGAGCGGUCAGGCUGCGGAGGGGGUAAGCACAAAAAUGGAAGAGCCAGUGGUGACGGCUGAAGACCAAUCAAACAAGGAGCCAGAGCCCAGUGCGGUGGCACCACCAGAAUCUGCCGAGUCACCAAAAAAGGUUUCCGACCCAGUUGCUAAUUUAGACGCACAACCAGAAAGCACUGAACCUGUGCCAGAGAAUGAGCCAGAGCCUGUACAGACACACCAGGCAGAGGGUGCCCCUGAACCAGAGAAAGCAGCAGAACUGGUUCCAGAAGCUGCACCAGAGGAGAAGCCGUUGCCUGUGCCAGCCAUGGAGGAGCAUUCAGCUGAAACCAAGCCGCCGAUCCUGGAGGAGAAGGCAUCGGAGCAAGCGAAGGCCGAGGGUGAACUGCACACUCCAACUGAAGCCGAGACUGUAAAACGGGAAGCGGUGCAACCUGUGCAGGAGAAAGUUGUUUCCCCAGAGAAGCCAGUAGAAGCGGCAACGGUGAAGGAAUCGUCAGCUGAACUUGGAAGUGGAGAACCCGCCAAGGAUCAGAAAGGAGAUCAGUCUGAGUCCGAGCAGAAAGAUUCUGAGCCUCCAAGGGAAGGAAACGUGCUCCCUGCUUCUGGCUCUCUGUCUUUUGCCAUUUUAGAACAAGAAGACGCCAAAGAUGCCCUGAGGACCUCCCGCACCCUCGUAGUCCUCAGAGGCCUUCCAGGAAGUGGUAAGAGCUUCUUGGCGCGUGCCAUCGCAGACGCCUACAAAGACCAGUGUUCUCUCUUCUGCGCUGACGACCAUGGUAUAAAACCAGAAAAUCCAAAGGCAUCUGCUGAUGGGUACAAAGCUCUAGAUGCCGCCAUCGUAGCCCGCUGCAGUGAAGGGACGACCUCUGUCCUGGUAGUCGUGGAUGACACCAACCACACCCACGACCGGCUGGCUUGCCUGGGGGAGAUUGCCAAGGAGCACAAUCUUAUCACCCUCUUCUUGGAGCCACAAACUGAGUGGAGCCGAGACUUGACUCAGCUGAAAAAGAAGAGCGGCCGGGGACUGGAGGAGGCCCAGCUGGAAGCAAUGAAAGGUCCACUUGAAGAAACGUCCCUUCCUCUCUUCUUCGGCUGGUUUCUCUUACCGUCGGUGCAGGAAAAGGUUAAGUGCACAGCCAUGGACUUCCUGAAAAUGUUGGACACUUUGGAUGAAUUCAAGAACCACCUGGCUGACUUCACAGGGAAAGCUGAGAAAGAGGUGGACCUGGAGCAGUACUUUGAUGCCAAGCAAAGCCUCCAUUGCACUACAAAAUUCUGCAACUAUGGAAAAGCUAAUGGUGCCAAAGAGUACGCAGAGAAUUCAGCGGUUCUCGGGUCUUACGGUUCUGUGCUCGAGUUGUCCCUGAUCGCUCUCUUCAUCACUCCUCGCACCGUUGGUGCCAGGGUGUCCCUCACCGAGGAGCAGCUUCGGCUUUGGCCGGCCGACGGCGAGAAGGAAGUGGAGUCCGUCGUCCCCGAAGCCGCCUCUCUGCCUCCUGGAAGCCGCGCCCACGUUACUCUAGGCUGCGCCGAGGGCGUCGAGUCCGUUCAGACGGGCGUAGAUCUGCUCCAAAUCCUGGCCCUGCAGCAAGCGGAAGCGGUGAAGGAGAUGGAGCUGGGCUCGCUGAGGUAUUACGGCGAAGGAAGGUGGCUGCUGGAUCUGAAGGAGCCCAUCGGAGCCCGGUCGUGCUUCUCCAGCUUCUACGGACCCAAGGAGGUCAAGCCAACCAAAAAGGAGCACGAGAAGAAAAAGAAGCACAAAUGUGCCAUUCUGUAGAUCCGCAUGUGACGUGUGGUGCAUUAAAGCUUAGGCUUUUCUCCAAGGUUUGUGUGUUUGUGCAGCGUUUAGGGUUUCAGUUAUAGCCAGCCUAAAUCCACAAGCGGUGUGCCUUUUUAACAUUAAUUUGCACCACAACCUAAGAUGCCUUUGAGUUGUCAGUAUGGUUCGGUUCUGUUCUCAGUAAAAGUUGCAUGAGGUGCCAAAUUUUUUUUAUUUUUUUUGCGUUCCAUAACCUACAGUUCCAUUCAUCUAAAACUUGUACUCCAUCUUCUGCACAGACGUGUUUCUCAGUGUUCAGUGAAACUAGGUACUUCUACUGCAUGCAUUCCUGUUUAACUAUAACGCAUAACUAAUCUGCAAAAUGUGUCUCUGU